AUGAACCAUCAUUUUGGACAUGAGGGCAGGGUAACAGUCAUUGAGCUUAUAACCCUCCUGAAAUUGGUAUCUUCCAAUGUCUUUAUUUCAAAGCUUGGAGACAGUGAUUUGAUGCUGCUUACCAUUCUACCAACUCUCAAGGAGGUGGAAAUCCUCUCCACAAAUUUUGAUGCUUUUAUCUUCUCUAGCCUGGAAGUCAAGGCCUAUAGGAAACUGAGAAUGGAAACACAUCCGAUGGAAUCAAUCACCAUUGAAGACGUGACCAUCAAUUUCACCCCAGAUGAAUGGGCCCUACUGGACAUGCCCCAGCGAAAGCUGUAUAGAGAUGUGAUGCUGGAAAACAUUGGUAACCUGGCAUCUCUUGGACAAGAAUACUGCAAACCAGAUGUCAUUUUUAACAGAGAUGAGAGAGAAAUCCUAUGGAUGGUAGAACAGAGGGAUUUUCCCCCAAACCAGACUCCAGAAAGAAAGAGUACACAUGGUGAAGAGGAAAGAAUAAACAUUCAAAUUAUUAAUAAGAAUAAAUCACAGAGCAUCAAGCCCAUGGAGAACACAGACGUUGAAGUGAUAGCUUUUGAAGGAAAUCUGUGUGGGAAAACCUUCACAAAUCCUUCUGCAUUCAGAAGACACAAGAUGAGUAAAACUGGAAAUCAAUGCUGCAUAUGGGAAAAAAACUUCAAUCAAACAUCUAAAGUUUAUCAGCAUCAUAGAACGCCCAGUGAUGAAAAGCUUUAUAAAUGUCAUCUUUGUGGGAAAACCAGGAAUAAUUCCUGUAGCCUGAACAAUCAUGUGACAAAACACACAGACGAAAAACCUCAUGGAUGCCGUUUCUGUGGGAAGACCUUCUCUCGAUUAUUUAAUCUUAGUAUACAUGAGAGAACACACACAGGAGAGAAACCAUACGAAUGUCAUGUGUGUCAAAAAGCUUUUGCUCAGCCUAAUACCCUUAAAAAUCAUAAGAGAACACACACAGGAGAGAAACCAUAUGACUGUCAUCUAUGUGGGAAGGCCUUCUCUCAAUUAUUUAACCUUAAAAUGCAUGAGAGAACACACACAGGAGAGAAACCAUAUGAAUGUCAUCUGUGUGGGAAGGCCUUCUCUCGAUCAUCUCAACUUAGUGCGCAUGAGAGAACACACACAGGAGAGAAGCCAUAUGAAUGUCAUGUGUGUGGAAAAGCUUUUUCUCAUCCUAAUGUCCUUAGAAAUCACAAGAGAACACACACAGGAGAGAAGCCAUAUGAAUGUCAUCUAUGUGGGAAGGUCUUCUCUCAAUCAUCUCAUCUUAGUGUGCAUAAGAGAACACACACAGGAGAGAAGCCAUAUGAAUGUCAUGUGUGUCAAAAAGCUUUUUCUCAUCCUAAUACCCUUCAAAAUCAUAAGAAAACACACACAGGAGAGAAACCAUAUGACUGUCAUCUAUGUGGGAAGGCCUUCUCUCAAUCAUCUCACCUUAGUGCGCAUGAGAGAACACACACAGGAGAGAAACCAUAUGACUGUCAUCUAUGUGGGAAGGCCUUCUCUCAAUCAUCUCACCUUAGUGCGCAUGAGAGAACACACACUGGAGAGAAGCCAUAUGAAUGUCAUCUGUGUGGGAAGGCCUUCUCUCGAUCAUCUCACCUUAGUGUGCAUGAAAGAACACACAGUGGAGAGAAGCCAUAUGAAUAUCAUGUAUGUGAAAAAGCUUUUUCCCAUCCUAAUACCCUAAAAAUCUUGAGAACGCACACAGGAGAAAAAUCAUAUAAAUGGCAUCUCUGUGGGAAGGUCUUCUCUCAAUUAUCUCACCUUAGAAGGCGUGAGAGAACGCACACAGGCAAGAAACCAUAUGAAUAUCAUUCAUGUGAGAAAAUUGUCACUGUAUCAUCUUCCACAUGCUUCUCAUCAGUUUAUUCCUUCAAAGGUCCCUCAAUACCCCCAUGGGACCUACCUCUGCAGUUUAUGUGUUCCCAUCGCUUCUGA